AGUUCAAUCCAAUCAGAAUGACUUGAUUCCAGGACCGAAAUAGUUCGGUUGUCUCGAGCUCUAAAACAGCUUUCGCGUGCAGAUGAUGGCGGUAAAUAGAAGCGAAAUUCAUUUUGUAUUUUUUACAAAUACAACAAACAGUUAUUUUAUGGAUCAACUACUGACAUUGUCGUGUACUGUUUUGUCAACCUCUGAAAGUUAUGGGUUCAUGUUACCGUUAGCUAGAUAGCUACAUUGCAGGUUUUCUGAGAAUCUGUGACUUUAUUUGUAUGUUGACCUCCCGGUGUUUUGUUUGAAGAUGUACUCAAAAGUUUAUAUACGACACAUUUAGCUUUGUUUACAUUGCGGCUCUGUGGAUUCUAGCUAGCUAGUUAGAUGACAAAACCGCAGUGAUUUUUUUCCCUCCGUGUAGUCAACCAUAUUAACUAGAAGUUGUUCAGUGUUCACAAGAGUGGAUUUCAGACUAGUCUUUGUUCUGAUGGCUAGCAAGCCUAGCUAGCUUAGCAAAUGCUAGCCAUCAGGCUAUUGUUUCUCUGCAAUGUGUUAAACUAAAUAAAUACAUUACACCGGUAUAAGGGACGCCAUUAUGAGGACAUUUUACAUUUUCUUUAUUUGAUCACAAUGCCGGCUAUUGUACCAUUAGCCAAAUGAUUGAAGAAAUACAGUGAAUGUGUUGUAAAACUUAAUCGCCCUAGCUAGCUAACCUUCAUAGCUAGCUGGGUAGUUAACGUUAGCUAACGUUACCAACAAGUCGCUAGAUAUCUGUCUAUUGGCGAGCUAGGUAACGUUAUAGCUAAUUAAACAUGACAAUAAGUUGGAACUUGCUAGUUAAGUGAACAAGAACAAACUCUAACCCGCGUCGAGUGGUCAGCUGGAGGGAGUAGCUAACGUUACAUUUUCAUUGUGGCACGAGCCGAGACGCCACGUUAUAUGGCAAAACUGGUGCCAUUUGCAAGCUAAGAUGGAAAACUGCUAACCUAAGUUAGCUAGUUAGUAGUUUGAAUCGAACGAAAUGAUUGGUCGCCAAACCAAUGCAUGUUGACCAGCGGAAAAAAAGUAUGCAGUUUGAUCCCUUUGUUGUUAUGGAUAAAUCGAUUGUUUCUUCAUUUUAAGUCAGACUAAUAGUGUUAAACUGCUCAACUCAAUUGCCUAACAUGAUUAUGAUUUGUUUAUAAACUGUGUUAAAUUCUGCUAAGAAACUGUCGAGUAAAUGUUCAGACAUAGUGAACUAGCAACAUGCUUUAAGUUUGUUAGAAACGUAUUUGCUUUGCUCAAAUUAAUGUCUCAAUCUGUCAACUGUUAUGUAAAAAAAACUCGCUAUACAAGCACAACCUCUUUUCCGAUUUUAUUUUCAGUUUAUUCAGGAUCCUGAACCAGACAUGAGUGAAGCUGAUUGAUUGCACCUGUGAAGGUCCCUUUGCUUAUGUUGAAAGAACACUGACUUAAAUCAGCACACAGUGUUUUUUACAGAUGAGCUGCUGCUUGGCACAGAGACGUGUGUCCUGACGCUGUGGGCAGGCACAUGUGCAUCUGGAGAGAUGGACCGCUGUAAGCACGUGGGGCGUCUUCGCCUAGGCCACGAACACUCCAUCCUCAACUCACAGAAAUGGCGCUGCGUGGACUGCUGCACCACCGAGUCGGUGUGGGCCUGUCUCAAAUGCUCUCACGUGGCCUGUGGCCGCUUCAUGGAAGAGCACUCCCUCAAACACUUCCAGGAGUCAAACCACCCCCUGGCCAUGGAAGUGCGGGAGCUGGACGUCUUCUGCUUCGCCUGUGGAGACUAUGUGCUCAACGACAAUGCUGAAGGAGACCUCAAGCUCCUGCGGGGGGCGCUCUCCACUGUGCGUAGCCCUGGCAGGCGCUCCCUGCGCUCCUCUGCAGGGGGUGACUGCAACCCCUGGGUGGGCGAGAGCGGGCCCCAGCCUGCCAUGCAGACGGCCCUGUGGCACCGAAGGAAGGUGCUGCUGGGGAAGAUGCUGCGCCGCUGGAGGAACCGGCAGCAGGAGGAACAGAGCCAGCGGGAAGAGAAACUCGAGCAGGAGAAGGAGGAGUUCCGGCGCCAGAAGAAUGAGAUGAAGAGGAGACUCAUGGGAGAGCUGGCCAAUGUGCCGCCCAGGAAGAGUGCCAGGUUGCUCACCCAGGCGCCCCGCUCAACCAUCACACUUAUCCCCCUGAAGUUCCGCGACCCCCCGGAGCGUCUGCCUCCGCCCAAAAAACCCUCCCUUCUAUCCCUGAAGCCCCCCAGCAAUGGCAGGACUCGUAAACUCAAAGUACGGAGGUACUACUCCUCCCAUAAAGCGACCCGUCGUAGACUGGCCCCGGGGGUCACUGGGCUACGCAACCUUGGGAACACGUGCUACAUGAACUCUAUCUUACAGGUGCUGAGCCACCUGCAGAAAUUCAGGGAGUGCUUCCUCACAUUGGACAUGUGUGAGACUGAGGAGCUGCUAGCCAAGACAAACCAGGGUGUGGCUGGGGCUGUGGUGGGGAGUGGUAGUGCAGCCACACCAGGCUGCCCUCUGGGACGUGGCAUGGGGAAGGCAGCCAGUGGGGGUCUCCCUGCUGUCAGCAAGCAGAGCUCGCCCCCCGGCCUAAACGCAGCAGAGCUGGUCCAGCCCAAGGAGCCGCGAUCCUCCACCCGCCAGCAGAUGUCACUGUGCCACGAGCUGCACACACUGUUCAGGGUCAUGUGGUCUGGCCGAUGGUCGUUGGUGUCGCCCUUUGCCAUGCUGCACUCUGUGUGGAACCUGAUCCCAGCGUUCCGUGGCUACGACCAGCAGGAUGCCCAGGAGUUCCUGUGUGAGCUGUUGGACAAGGUGCAGCAAGAGCUGGAGUCAGAGGGCAGCAAGCGCAGGAUCGUCAUCCCUAUCACCCAGAGGAAGCUGUCCAAGCAGGUGCUCAAGGUCCUCAACACAAUCUUUCACGGACAGCUACUCAGCCAGGUGAUUUGUCUGUCCUGUAAGCACAAGUCAAACACGGUGGAGCCAUUCUGGGACCUGUCCCUGGAGUUCCCGGAGCGCUACCACAGCACGGAGAAGGGCUCGGCUGCGUCUCUGGCCUACCAGCGCAGCUGCUCCCUCACUGAGAUGCUGGCCAAGUUCACUGAGACAGAGGCUCUGGAGGGCAGCAUCUAUGCUUGCAACCACUGCAACAGGAAAAGACGGAAGACGUCCCACAAGCCCCUGGUUCUGUCAGAGGCGUGUAAGCAGCUGCUGAUCUACCGCCUACCUCAGGUUCUACGGCUGCACCUCAAACGCUUCAGAUGGUCAGGCCGGAACCACAGGGAGAAGAUUGGCGUCCAUGUGGCCUUUGACCAGGUUUUGAACAUAGAGCCCUACUGCUGCACAGACUCGGGCCAGUCGGUUCACAGAGAGGGCUACACCUACGACCUGUCUGCUGUAGUCAUGCACCAUGGGAAAGGCUUUGGCUCAGGGCACUACACUGCAUACUGCUACAACACUGAGGGAGGUUUCUGGGUCCACUGUAAUGACUCUGAGAUGAACGUGUGCAGUGUGGAGGAGGUGUGCAACACUCAGGCCUACAUUUUGUUCUAUACCCAGAGGUCUGCCUAGGGCCCUCUCCCUCCUACACCCUAGACCAAGGUGUACUACCUGGUCUGGGGGACUGAGACCUAUAUCUGUGUCUGUUGCCUAGAGGUCUGCCUGGGCAUGUUAUACUCCCUCUACCAGGCUAAAUCCUGGUUUACACCUAGAUUUCCCUUGGCUUGAAACAACUCAGCCCACAUUUCUUGAGUCUGGUAUGCUAACAGCCAUGUGAGAGCUACUGAACGUUGUACCACAAGGGAAGGCAAUGUUGAUCACGGUUAGUUAUAUUUUUCACCAGGUGUCAAAGUGCUUUACAUUGUACAGGAGUUAAACAUUGGUGGAGGAUGACGCAAGUUAUCUCCCUCCUGGGGUGAUGAACACCAGCCAUUUGGAACGGAAUAGGAAUUAUUCUGUGGCUAAACUAAUUGAGUUUCCCUUUGUGGCUCAGGAUCAAGGAUUAUUAAUUGCAUCAGGUGAUUCAGAGCCUGGGUGGAUUAAGCCUGCAGAUACUAUCAGACACUCCAUAACCAAUGUUGCCUAGCCUACCUCUGUUCUGUAUUCUCAACCACAAUGAGAUGUCAGCCAAGGGCAUUUUAGUCUCCAACCCAGUGUCAUCUGUAUCUCACUAUGACCUCUCUCGUUCUGACACGUUCUGCUGUGGAUAUCUCAGGCUUUAAGGCCUUGGUCUGGGCCAACAGAAUGAACGGUAUAGAUGGUGUGUAGAUAUUCCUGUAUGUACUCCGUUUCCCUACCUUGAACAGAGGUAUGGAGUUGUGUGGUAGAAAGCUACUCUGGAGAUGGAUGGGAAUUGUAUUGGGCCAACUGGCGUCAUGCUGCACCUUUAUGGAGGAGGGGCUUAGUUCGUUGAUCCCAUGAUCAAUGGGCUCCUUCUGAUCUUUUAUUGACUUCUAUGUCAUGUGGCAGCUCUCUUCUCCUCCUACCUUAAUUGUAGAGGUUAGUUUAGGCUCUGGUUGGAGUCCGGUGCACUGUAACUCUGUUCAUGGGUAGAAAUGGAUGGAAGAAUGAACAAAGGACUGAGAUAUUGGAGAGUGUGUUGUUGGGAUAAUUGUUUGGGUUAAGAGGGGUAUCCAUUUCACUGGAGUGGAGCACCUGCAAGCAAUAUAUGUGACAUCAUGACAUGAAAUCAAGAUAAAUCAGGAAUUCUUCAGCUUUGUAAUACGUAGUUUUUUUCUACUCUGCUGUUUCUAUUUGGGGUCUUAGUUUGCCAGGUUCUCAAGAGUUAUUGUACUGCUGGUCUUGAUAUGAAUCAAAUACACGGAACAAAAAUAUAAACGCAACAUGCAACAAUUUCAAACAUUUUACUGAGUUAGAGUAUAUAUAAGGAAAUCAGUCAAUUUAAAUGAAUUCAUUAGCCCCUAAUCUAUGGAUUUCACAUGACUGAGAAUACAGAUAUGCAUAGGUUGGUCACAGAUACCUUAAAAAAGAAAAGUAGGGGUGUGGAUCAGAAAACCAGUCAGUAUCUGGUGUGAACACUAUUUGCCUCAUCUCAACACAUCUCCUUCGCAUAGAAUUUAUCAGGCUGUUGAUUGUGGCCUGUGGAAUGUUGUCCCACUCCUCUUCAAUGGCUGUGUGAAGUUCCUGGAUGUUGUUGGGAACUUGAACACGCUGUCGUACACUUCAAUCCAGAGCAUCCCAAACAUGCUCAAUGGGUGACAUGUCUGGUGCGUAAGCAGGCCAUGAAAGAACUGUGGCAUUUUCAGCUUCCAGGAAUUCUGUGCAGAUCCUUGUAACAUGGGGCCGUGCAUUAUCAUACUGAAACAUUAGGUGAAGGCGGCGGCUGAAUGGCACGACAACGAGCCGCAGGAUCUCGGCACGGUAUCUCUGCAUUUAAAUUGCCAUCAAUAAAAUGCAAUUGUGUUCCUUGUCCUAGCUUAUGCCUGCCCAUACCAUAACCCCACCGCCACUCUGUUCACAACGUUGAAAUCAGCAAACCGCUCACCCACACAAUGCCAUACACACUGUCUGCCAUCUGCCCGGUACAGUUGAAACCGGGAUUCAUCCGUGAAGAGUACACUUCUCUAGCAUGCCAGUGGCCAUGGAAGAUUAUUAUUUGCCCACUGGUCGAGUAACGACCCUGAACUGCAGUCAGGUCAAGACCAUGGUGUGCAUGCAGAUGAGCUUCCCCGAGACGGUUUCUGACAGUUUGUGCAGAAAUUCUUUGGUUGUGCAAACCCACAGUUUCAUCUACUUUCUUAUAGUCAACAUGCCAAUUGCAAUUACGUUGAGGCAGCAUGCCAAUUGCAUGCUGCCUCAACGUAAGACAUCUGUAGCUUUGUGUUGUGACAAAACUGCACAUUUUAGUGGCCUUUUAUUGUCCCUAGCACAAGGUUCACCUGUGUAAUGAUCAUGCUGUUUAAUCAGUUUAUUGAUAUGCCACCCCUGUCAGGUGAAUGGAUUAUCUUGGCAAAGGAGAAAUGCUCACUAACAGGGAUGUAAACCAAUUUGUGCACAGAAUUUGAGAGAAAUAUGCUUUUGUGUGUAUGGAACAGUUCUGGGAUCUUUUAUUUCCGCUCAUGAAACAUGGGACCAACACUUUACAUGUUGCAUUUAUAUUUUUGUUCAGUGUACAAAAUUCAUUUAUGUGAACUGUAAAAGUUGGAAUAAUCUAAUGACGAUGAAUGUCUUACUUUUUAAGGUCAGGUAUGGCCUUUCCAUGGGCCUGUCAUGAUCUCUUCUGUAUUGUAAAAGCACCUGUCAUCAAUGUAAUUGUCAUAUGGGGUUUGCCUGACAAUGAUUAAAAAACAAGAAAAUACUUA